AUGCAAAUUUUUCAAGAAAAUAAUAUUUCAACACCAGUUAUAGGCGUCCAAACAUCAACAAUACUUAGCAGUCUUGAUUAUUAUCCUCAAUAUUCAAGAGUUUCUUAUCCAAACUCACGCACAGCUUCAGCUGCUGCCUUGAUUUUAAGUGUUUUCGGAAUUUCAAAAUGCUCUUUAUUACAUUCAGACUCACAAUGGGGAAGGGAUUUUCGAGACCAGUUCAUAAACCAGACUGAUUCUUAUGGCAUAAAAAUUUUAAACAAAAACAGAAAUAUUCCUAUCGGGUUUAAUGGGAAUGAUAAACAAAUGAUCCAGGAAAUUAUUGAUCUCAAAACCAGAUAUGUCAUUUUAGAAGUGCGUUGGCCUGAUAUUUUGUACAUAAUUGAAGCAUUUUAUGAUUUAGGAAUGCGAGAAGGCGAUAUUUAUUUAAUUAUAGGAGAUGGGAUGAUAAGUGUUUCUGAUUUAGAUGAAAGCAUAAUUGGCAGCAAAUCUUAUAAUAAAAGAAAAGAAAUUAUGAGCGGGCUUAUUUAUAUUAGCUUCUUGGCCUUUCAAAGUCAAAAUGGGUUUGAUCUAAAAAGUGAGAUCUUAUCUAAGUAUGAUUAUAUAAAUGAUUAUAUGUGCUUAUUUUAUGACGCAGCCUAUCUCGGUUUAUAUACGAUAGAUGCACUAAUAAAUUGAGGCGUUAACGUGAAUAGUUCUACUAUUCAAGAAUCCAUGAGACAAGUAGCUUUUACAGGUUGUUCUGGAGUUGUAAGAAUUAGUCAAGAAAACAAUGAUAGACUUACGAUAGUUUUAGGGAUUUAUAACUUAAUAGAAGUUAAUUCAACCUGGACAAUGAAUCUUUGCGGACUUUAUGAUCCAAGUCAACUUAUCGUACUUCAAAUUAAGCAAUCCAUAUCUUGAAAAACAGAUGGUGGGGCUCCAAGUGACAUAAUAGGAGAUGAUCAGGAAUGCCCAUUCAGAGACAUUCUUGUGCAGUCAUUUCUCUAUGGCUAUUUCGUAAUGAUUAUUGUUGAAAUAAUUCCAAUGAUUAUUAUAAUUACAUUAACAUUAGCAUUAACUUAAACAUUGAGAAGUUCACCGUAAUUCCUGAAGGACUACCUCCACCCAUAAAUGCUUCACUUAGCUGCUCUCUACCUAUCAUCUCACGGCCUUCAAAGUGCUGCUCUUACCGGACGAGGAUGAGCAUUCGCUACUUCGUAGUUGGAUGAGUUGCGCCAUCGUGAAGUACGUCAACAGAGUUGUCCAUUCCGAAAAUUCGAAAAAAAAUUAUUUUUAGGUAUAAUGUCGGCCAAGUUUCGCGUUAGAGAGUACCAAUGGACCAAUGGAAUACUUGGUACUGCUGAGCUUCUCCUUUCCAACCUUGAACACCAUUCCCCUGAGGUGAAACCCCCUGGCCCAGAAUGAGCUGUGGUCGACCAAAUUCGACUUUGCGCUCUGCUGACCAAGGAAAAACCUAGCCAGAUACACAUGCAAAGCGUGAAAUUAAUUUUCACGAGAUCCCCCGCCUCCCUGUGGGACGUUGGCUACAUGUGUUGAAAAAAAGGGCUGGCUCGCCAUCGCCAUUUUAAUAUGUAUGAUUAUUAUAAUUGCUUUUGCAGUAAAAUAUUAUAAAUUUAUUUUCAAAAGAAAAUACCCAAAACUGAUUACAAUACAAAAGGAAAAUUUCCUUGAUAUUAUUUCUUAUUUAAUUUUCUUAAUAGAAAGUUUACAAUAUAUGCAAAUAGGGCCAAGUUUUGAAGAAUUUUUUCCAAGGUGGUCAAAAGCUACGAAAUUAACAAUCCUAGAUAUAAGAGGGAUUUUUAAACCAGGCUUAUUCACAUUUUGGAACCAAAUUCAGCUUUAUACAGCCUUAGCUUUUGCAUGAUGUAUUUUAUUAUUGUGAAAAAAAUCCAAAAUAGGUAAUAGAUCUCAAAACUUAAUAUUAGAAACCAUUAAUGCCUUCAAUCGAUAUAUUUUGCCUCCACUUGGGGAUAUAUUAUUUUUGCCUGUUCUUCUAUAUUUAUUUGAAACUUUUCAGUGCACAAGUAGCAUUGGCAAUGAUUUUACGGAUAGUUUCCAUAAUCAAUACUGCUCCACAUUUUGUUGGCAAGGCGAUCAUAUAUAUUACGUCAUUUUUUCUGCAAUAGGCAUUUUCUUAUUUACUCCAGCAAGUUUAUAUCUUAGAUUUACAUGAAAAGAUGAUCUACCAUUUCAUUUUAAAGAUCAGCCUUUUCAUUGUGCAGUAAAAACUUUUACACAAAUUAUUUUAAUUGGGCUUUCCACUAUAGUUCAGCCUGCAUCUGAAAAUAUUUUCCUUGGGCUGGGUAUUGGAGUAUUAUCGGCUUAUAUAAUAGUUUCUAUAUUAAGACGGCCUUUAAACUACGAUAGAGCUUCGUUGUGGUAUAUAAUAUUUUUGUUUUGCAGUCUAAUGCUUUGAAUUUGUUGCGCAUUAGCGAAACUUGAUGAUGUUUCUGCGUUAGUUGUUCUUGUCCUAGGAUGGGCUCUAUUCGUUGCGCUUGGUGCUAUUUAUCAAAAAUUAUAUUUGCCUUCACUAUUGGAAACUGAAAAAGGUCAUAGUAUUUAUCAAUUGUUUAGAUUUCAGCUGUUUUCAAUUAAUCCUGAAGAUGCAGGAAUUGCAAAGUCAGCAAAAUAUAUUUUUGCUACAAAUUUAUCACAAAGUAAUUCCAAUCACCCAGGCUGUGAUAUCCCAGAUGAGGAUAUUUUCAAAUCAAACAUUCAGCUUGAAGAGCAAAAUCACUGUAAUAUGGAGUUUUACAGUGAAUAUAAUUCGAGCUUUAUGCAAUUAUGACAGUACUCAGAAGUAAUAUUUGAUAAAUAAUUUAAAACAAUCGAUAGUUUAAGAAUUUAAAUUGUUCAGAAAAAUUGUAUUUAGCCAAAAAGUAAUUUAUUUAAAAUGUGAUUUUAGAAUAAAAGCUUAGGUUGUAGGCCUAGAUGAAACUUAUCGCCCAGGGCGCAAACUCUUGGUUUAACGCUGGGAAAAUGCCUGAUUGACCAAUAAGCACCGUUGCGCUUUGCUGGGCGAUCCCUUUCCAUCUUACAAGUGCCAUCCUCCUUGGAGUAAAUCUUGGCCUGGACGUGAGCCUGCUGUCCAUCAGCCUGACAUUGCGCUCUACCAGACCAAGCAAAACCCCGGCCUGAUCACAUACUGAACGCUGUUCUCCCUUCCGCAAUAUCCCUAGACUUUUGUCUGGAUACAGAUGUUAAGAGACAGGCAGGUCCGCUAGGCCACUUUUAUGCCUCAUUAAGAUGAUUCAGAGCUGUUAGAUAUUGCUUUAUUUUCACUUUGCAAGUUACUUAAAUUUAUGCUUUUUAUUCUCCACCCUUAAUUGCUUUUCAAACUUUAAUUCCAUCUACGCAUUGCUAUUUCCACUUAAUAUUUUACUUACCAAGAUAAUUUAACUCCACAAAGCCUCUUAUAAAAAUGGACCGAACACAACAUUAGAUUAGAUUAAGUAAGCAGUUCAUCUUAGACAGAGCCGGGGGAUUUUUACCCCUAGAUAUUUAUCUCCCCCGAAGGACUCCAGAAGGCACCCAUCUCGCUGCCGUAGGCAAGGGAUUCGCACAACCGAUCUAAACUUCCAUAACUCCUGGAGCCCGUGGACCUACCACCUGGGUUUAACUCCCAGUUUUCGCUAGGCAAAUGCUACCUCUUGAACCUUGCUCGAGGGAUUUAUCGUUUGCUCGUGGUUUUUACUGGUUCUCUGCCCUUCCAAUGAUGGUCUCGGGGGUAAAAUUUAAAAAUCCCAGGAUUAGCUCCUAGGGCCUAAGAAAAGCCUAGUCUAACAUGCAUAAGGAUUACUGGCCUCUUUUUCCUUUCUUCUCCACUUCGGGCGGUUGCCUGCUGGUGUUGAAUAAAUAGGGGUCAGGAUAUCGGACUGUCUGUCUUCACCAUUUUUACGUAUAUACGAACAUAACAUAACAAUAAAGGCAGCUAUCGCUACAAAUGAUUAUGCAGAUACCGAUAAAAUCUUCUUUAUUAAUAGGGAUUACUCUCUCAAUUUUAUGGAAUUUGUCUUUUCUAGCACUCUUAUCAUAUUUAAUGCCGCUUCUUGUCUAGAAUUAUUAGUCACUAUAUUGCACCCCACGAAACUGAAGAAGAAAUGCCUGUAG